AUGAUGAUAGCAACAGCGAUAAUGAAUAAUAGCGACACACGGCCUCCUCCUCCUCCUCCUCACCGGGCGCCGCUGCUGCUCCCGGCGGAGGCCGAGGGGUACACACGGGACCUGCGGGAGUUCCCGCUCCGAGAGCUCGGCUCGGCCCGAUGGUUCAGACAACAUGAGUACAUCGAAAAGCUAAACAUGCAGGCUAUUCUUCAUGCCUCCGCCAACGAGGAUGAAUUUGUCAAGGAAUACAUGGUUUCCUAUGGGAAGGUCCCCACACUCAUCCAUGAGCUCAUCGCAGUUGAAGUUUGGAAGCAAAAGGUGUUUCCUGUGCUCUGCAAGCUGCAGGAUUUCAACCCUAAAAGCCACUUCCCCAUAUACAUAGUGAUUCACCACGAGGCAACCAUCAUUAAUCUCCUAGAAACUCUCUUUUAUCACAAGGAUGGGUGUGAGUCUGGGGAGGAUCUGGUGCUGGACCUUGCUGAUUAUUGCCACCGAAAGAUAACCAUGCUGGCCGCACAAACAGAAUGCUCUGAACAGCUGGACCUGGACAAGCAACCAUCCAAGGAUCUACAGAAACAAACAUCUAUGGAGGAGUUAAAGAAACAGAGUGAGGACCUGGAAUUUGAAAUUGCACUGAAGGCUCUAUCCGUCCUUCGCUAUAUCACUGAUCACAUUGACAGCUUGUCAUUGAGCAUCCAGUCACGGCUCCUCAACACGCACAAUCUGCCCUGUGUCCUGGUCUGCCUGGUGCAACACUGCCCCUGGAGCCGACGCACUUCAAAAGGCGAGCUACACAAGUACAACGAUGGCAGGUGGUGCAAAGUGCCCCCCGAGGACUACCUGAAAAUGACCAAACUGGACGGACAGGUGUGGCUCGCACUCUACAAUCUGGUGAUGAGGCCUGAAUGCCAGCAGAGGUAUGAUUUCAACAGCUACAACAAGAACCAGCUACUCAAGCUACAAGGCUUCUUGACCGAAGUCCUUCUUGACCAGUUGCCCAUUCUGGUGGAACUGCAGCGUUUUCUCAGUCAUCUCUCCGUAACAGACCCUGCACCUCCAAAGAGGAAUCUCGUCUUGGAACAGGUCCCUGAAAUUUGGGAUAGGCUCACUCGAGAGAACACUGGCAAGUGGCAAGCUAUUGCCAAGCACCAAGUGAUAAAUGUAUUUAACCCUUCAGACAAGGAUUUGCUUCAUCAAGCCCGCAAAUUGGCAGAAACCUACAAUCUGGACGUAAUGGAGAAUCUGAUCCCAGACCGUCCAAAAUGUGCACUCUGUGGGGCGGAGGCAGCGAAACGAUGCUCAAGGUGCCAGAACGAAUGGUACUGUCAGAGACAGUGUCAGGUGAAGCACUGGCCAAAGCACAAGAAAGCGUGUGACCUCAUGUCAGAAUCUGCCAAAAACCUGCAAGAGCAAUUAAAAAUCUGACAGUAAAAAUACUGACAGGGAGCACACAGCUGUGUCCUGUGAAUGGAGACAGAACAGAACAGAAGUGCACGAUAUCUAGUCAUUUGUACAUUCGCUGUCGAGAACUUCUAUCAAACUUCACAGCACUCAACACAAUGAUUGACCUAAUCCUGUUUGUUCAGGUGGAUAAGGGAUGCGUUAAUUGAUAGUAUUUCUAAAAUAUUAAUUUGCUAAGUGCUUUGUGAGCGAAACCCAGAGCGGUUAGCGGCAAAUCACUCUCUUGUGUUUAUUUUGUGUGCCUUGUGCUAAUGGAUGUUUGUCAGUGUUGAAUCGGGAUAGCUGUGAGCAACCAAUCGAUGUGUUUGGAGUUGACUUCAGUUGAGAUGAAAUGAAAAGAGAAGUCGUCGGGAAGACUCAGCAGGUCAGGCAGCAUCUUUGGAGAGAGGAAAGUGAGUUAACGUUUCAGGUCGAUGACCUCUCGUCAGAACUGUUGAGAUGAAGUUUACUAAUUAAUUUAUUCAGAAAUUCCACAUUUUUAGAAAGUUGCAUUUCUGCAGAUACUUAUUGAUAACAGAAGUGGUUCAUCUGCUAAGCAGUGUAAAUAGGGGAACUCUAAUAAUAACAAUAAAAUUAUAAUACUUAUGUUUGAUACGGCGCCUUUCACAUAGGGGUGAAGGUUUCAGCGCUUCCCAGACAGCUCAAACAUUUCAGUCGUGAAAUGCAGUUUAAAGCAGUGUCAUUUCCUGCUUUUCGUUCAAAGAGAAUUGUGGUCUUGCCGUUACUUACUGAAGGUGUGUUUGUAACCGAAAUUGUCCCAUCUGGUUGAGAUGAGUUAACUCAGCACAGUAUUUGAAUCUGGGUAAUUCUGAUCUGUAUGACUAGGUACCUUUACCCACUAGGCUAAACAGAAAGUCUUAUGAAACUUAUGGCAGACGGGAAAGGCUGAAUAAGAAUCCUAUCUUUCAGGUGCAUAGGUUCAUCAAAGACCAAUACAUAUAACGGUAGAAACAAAGCUUGCACCACACUGCUUCCUCUUCCUGUACUGUGUACCACACUUCCAGAAAUGAGGUCAAAAAACAAGCACAAAGGCACAAUAACAGCCGGAGACAAUCUCUUUCUUUGCAUUGAAUACUGGUUUCAGCUCCCUUGUCAAUGAAAUGAGAUGAACAUCGUUAAAUGCUGUGGACGUUUCUGACUCCCGAGACUUCUCGUGCUCUGCUUUUUAGCUUAACCUUACUGUCAAUGGCUUCGAUAGUAAUUGUGGAAUAAUUCUCCGUCCAGAACUUAUCCUGUCUGGCUGCGUUGGCUCUGUGCUGGGAAUGGGACAACCAGCAACAAAAUCUAUUCCUUCAGCACCUCGGGACCUCCUCCCGACAUGAAAGGGACCAUAUCAAUGCAAUUUGUUGUUGUUAAUUCAAGUUUAGAUAACAGUCUGUUCCAUUCUGGGGUGACACACCCUGUGUAUUUCCAAUUAGUAGCCCCAGUGGAAACGUGGAACAAUUUUAAGCAAGUUCACAGCUGCAUCUCUACAGGGACAUUAGAUUGAUUCGAACCCUCCCAUUUUCACUGAACUAAGGCAUUGAAAUCUUUGGUUAUUUUGGAAUUCAUGUGUAUUCAUGACACUAUAAAAAUGUGCUGUAAGCGA